UUUAUUGAUUUUUUAAUAAAAAAGAAUCAAAACUAACGUUUCUGUAUUUUCUUUUGUUUUGUUUUCAUUAUUCAAUUCCUUGCUGUUUUCUACCGUGUUACAAAUAAAUAAAAGUCGUUGUAGUGUAUUUUUUGGGUAUUCUUUUAACGUUUAAUCCAAUCAGAUGUCUAUAAGAGAGCUUCGAAGAGUUGAUUGCGCCAAAUGAUUUUAUUUAAUAACGGUUGAGUGUUGGUUAGUCUGCUACAGUAUAUUGAUAUCGUCGGUCGUUCCUAGACGAGCAUCCUUAUUCGUUAAGAGUAUGAGCCUUACCGAUCAUUUAUCUAACGUAACUACUACGAUUGUCGUACCUUAUCCACGUCCUGCUAUCGUCUUCGCUUACGUAUCUGCUAUCGUAUUCGUAAUUGUAGGCUCACUAGGAAAUCUCCUGACCAUUUUAGCCUUAUGGAAAUGCGUCAAAUUACGCCAUGCCACUACAGUAUUUGUCAUUAGUUUAUGUUUUGCGGAUUUACUCUUUUGUUUUAUCAAUUUACCCCUGACUGCUUCACGAUAUAUUCAUCAAGCUUGGUUACUAGGUGAUACCCUUUGUGUACUUUUCCCAUUUUUCUUUUAUGGAAACGUUGCUGCUUCUCUAUUGUCUAUGACUGCCAUCACUAUAAACAGAUAUGUAUUGAUCAACCAUUAUACCAUUUACUCUAAAAUCUAUCAGAAACGUUACGUGGCCAUCAUGAUAGCUUUCAUCUGGUGUUUCAGCUUUGCCAUUUUGAUACCGACUCUAGUUAGGUCCUGGGGAUAUUUCGGUUACGAUCCCCGAACAUUUUCGUGUACAAUUUUGUCCCUAAAAGGGCGAUCUUCCAAGAAAUUCCUCUUCGUCUUCGGAUUCUUACUACCCUGCAUCGUCAUCAUCAUCUCUUACUCCUGCAUAUUUCUAAAAGUUCGUCGAAGUGGCCAGAAUGUAUCUUCUCACGUUUCCAGUAACAAUAGGAAUGCCGAAAGACAAAUGUCUCAAAGGAAAGACGAAUUGAGGAUUACUAAGGUCAUGUUAACUGUAUUUUGCUCAUUUCUAAUUUGUUUCCUACCCCUAAUGAUCGUCAAUGUUUUCGAUUCGGAUAUAAAGUAUCCAACCGUGCAUAUACUUUCUUCAGUUUUGGCUUGGAUGUCUUCAACAAUCAAUCCAUUCAUCUAUGCUGUAAUGAAUCAGCAAUAUCGUCAAGCUUACCUUCGUUUAUUAUGUCCUCGUUCUAGAUAUUGCAGUUCACCCGAUUUGAAAGUUUCAACAAGAUCCGGCAGCUCCGUUUUCAUGGACAUGUUUAAUAAUUCUGGAAAGAAGAAAAAGUUAUGCUCCACUGACGAUAACAAAUCCAAUUCAAAUUGUCAUCUGUAAAUUAUAACAGCGAGUAGAAAGAACAAUAUCUAAUCUCAGCUUUGUUAUUAUAUAAAAUUUUUGGUAUUUGCUAACGUCGGUGGCAUAUUACAAUAGCCUCCGAGUUAUAACUGAUGAAUUUUUUUUCGAAAUUACAUUAAAAAUAAUAAUAAUUUUUAUAAAUAGAAUAGUGAGAAAUCCGGUUAACCACUGUAAAGACUGAUUUAAUAAAAAAGAAAAAAAAUUGUUAAUGCUAAAACUCGAAUAAAAUCUUUAUUAAGUCCGACUCCAUUCGGGAUACGAUACGUGACCACUUCUAUCUCCUCACCCCUUCGAUCUUUAACUACGAAAAUUUAAUAACAUCUAUCCCCAUAAUACACAAACCUCCCUGCG